GGGGUUAUGGAUUAGAAAAAAGGUAAAAGCUGUACAAAUUUCUUCAGGCAGAGAGAACCGUGAUGAUACGGUCCACGCCUCCAGGUAACAGAAUAUCAGUGUUUGCUUCGUCUUCUUCAAAUCGGGUCCUGACCUAUCUUUCCCAAAAACCAAACAAUUUCUCCGAGAAAAUUAGGAUCCCAGCGGAGGAGGGUCGAUGAGUUGAUUAAUUAUCCACUCCAGGACGAUGAGAUCGACCCCUGACCUCUUCUUGGAUUCCCGCGUCUUUCUUUCUGCUCGUAGUAUUCAUGGAACAAAAUCGAAAUUUGUCCUCCGGGACCGAUAUACCCGAUCGAGAUAAUGCAAAAGUGAUAGAAUGGGAGGACUUCGAGCAUGAUCUUGCGAGAUUGGUCAGUCUUUCUUCUGCACUUAAUGAAGCCAAGGAGAAGAAGCGAAAUCUCCAACAGAAGCUCGAGCACCUUAUUCAGGUCAAGGCUGAGUCAUUGAGUAGGUCUAAUGAACUUGAGGAGAUGCGUCAGAAACUUGAAUCAAGGAAAGCAAUGGUGGAGAAUGUAUCAAUGCAUUCCAGGGCUGCAAAGGAGGAUGCCACCAAGAAGAAAGAGCAGCUUGGUGUUGAAGUUGAAUCACUAUUGGUGGCAGGGACGGCUCUUUCUGUAUCUAGAAGAAGACUUCAGGAAUCAAAUAGGUUACUGUUUGAAGAAAAAGGUUAUGUUCAACUGAGAAAUUUGCAAAGGAUGUUAAGACUUAGGCAACAAUAUAUGGCAUCCCAAAUAUCAAUGUUGUAUCCUGUAAAGAUUUCGGUUGCACCUGCACAAGAGCAAGAACUUGAAGCAUAUCCCGCCGGCAGCAUAGCAGGUAAUUCUGCUGAACAUAAACCUGUUAACCAAGGAUCCAUAACAAUUCUGGGUCUGCAUUUGACAAUGUUGUCUUUUAAGAAGAUGAGCUUUUUUACUGAUAAAAAGGAAAUCCAAAAGUCUGCAACUGCCCUAGGAUAUGUUGCACACGCUGUAUCACUUAUAGCAUCUUACUUGCAAGUUCCUCUGCGAUAUCCUGUGCGCUUGGGUGGCUCUCAUUCAUAUAUCAUUGACAAUGCACCUUCAAAAGAUCUAUUAUCUUCAGAUUCUUCAUCAAGUACAACGCCUAUUGCAAACACCAAGCAAAUGGCAUUCCCUCUUUUUUCAGAAGGUCAAGACACAACAAGAGCAGCUUAUGCUGUAUUCUUGUUAAACAAGGACCUAGAGCAGCUCUUGAAUUCCAUUGGUGCUAGGAGUUUGGGACCAAGUCAUGUUUUGCCAAAUUUGAGGGAGCUUUUAAGGACCAUUCAGUCUUCGACAUUCACAGACGACAUGAUCUAGUGUUUUUGUUUCAAGUUCUCUGUAAAUUAGUUUUUUUUUUUUUUGAUAUUCUUACACAGGUGCAAUUUUCUAGAUGCACCUUCACAUGUAGCAUUGUUAGAUAUGAAGAUUGAGGCAAACCACGUGUAAUAGAUUUGUUUUUCUCUUCGAAAGGAUUCAUUGCUGUUGAAAACAAAUUUAUUUGUGAACACAGAGCUAGAUGCAUUCGUGCUGGGAUUGCACUGUUUGGUGCUUACGCGCUUUUUCUAGUCUUAAAUAGGAAGUUGUAUUAUUCA